GCAGCGAGACUGCGGUGCGCGAGGUACUCAGAGCGCAACUCGUGUACAACACAGUUUUAUUUCGCGAGGGAAAAUUUUCCCUUCCAUCGCGUCCUCUGGUUAACACGCGCAACGUGCCAACCACGUUUCCACGACCGAGAUUCAGUGAUUUUAUAUCGUGUGAAUAAAACGUUUUAAUAUCGGGGGGAAUUCGUUGGGAGAUUGUUGUUGAGGUGAAAUAAAUUGGAAUGAAAUUUUUAAUCGUUGAAGGAUUGAAGAAGUGGAGAGAUGAUUAAACUGUGAAAUUUGUUUGUUCCGAGUCUGGAUGAGGAUUUUGUGAUUGUUUGUGGGGUCGGGGGUGAACAUUGACUGUGUUUUUUUAUCGGAACAAAGGCCGGACGGAGAAAUUGUGGUGUGUGAAGUAGAGUGACACGAUUAUUUGAGAAUAAAUAUAAUAAACUGAAGAGUUGAAAAAGUGGGCAUGUGCCAGACUGGAGAGAUAAACAAUCGGGUGAUCUGAGUGUUACAUUGCCAGCCCCUCCGGCUGAUUAAUAAUUUUAAAUAAACUGUUGGUUGAUAUCAUCACUUUCAAAACGGAUCACGGAUUUUUUCCCUGGAGUGAUGACGUAACGUGUCGUGACAAUUUGUUUGAGUUUGAAGGCAGUAAAGUGGCAUAUACAGGGGUAAUCGGAGAACAUCAGAGAACGGAGACAAACAGUCGGCUGGUGGGGGAGAUUCAACAAUAUUAUAAGACAGAAAACGAUUCAUCGGGAUGCUCGGUUGACAUGGCGGAGGGCUCAGCCGAGGAGGAACAGAGCAGUACCGCUGCGCCAGCAUCACCCCCAGCUGACUUACGCACCCAGACAACACACCUGUCAACAUCACCUUAUCAUCACAGACGUCUGCAGCCACGUCAAUUGCCCUAUAGACAGCAUCCUAACAUGUUGGCAACCGCAGCUCCACCACGUCAUAGCCACAGUGGCCUCCUCUCUCAUCACAUAAAAACUGAGACCGAUAUGGACGCCCCCUGCGAUGUUCCACUGAAUCUCAAGAGCGAGGAGAGUGACAGAAGUAGCGCCGGUAGUCCUGAGCCGGCAUCGGGGGUCUUUCAUGAACAUCAGAUGUUGAUGGAGAACAUGAAGAAUUCAAGAAGACGGAGGAGUGCAUCGCCAGAUAAUAUGACACAUGCGAAGCACAGUGCCGAGGCACAUCUGAAUGGUACCAUGGCUGGAAUGGUGACCCUUCACAAUCUCCAAAACCUAGCUAAUCUUCAGAACCUUCCGCAAGUCGCGUCACUAGCAGCGGGCCUGCAAGGCAUGUCAGCAGGUUUGACUGGAAAUCAGCUCAUCAACACCCCCCUGAAUCUCACAGUGAGUGCAGCAGGUACUGUAUCAACUCCCUCGAGUACAACAGCAGGCUCUCACCUUUUACCCCCGAGUUCAACACCAAUGGCAACACUGCCACAGCUACUUUCUCAACCUCAGCCCGUGGCGAUGCCCCAGUUCAUCCUGACAUCAGGUCAAUUGGUCCAAGGAAUUCAAGGUGCUCAAUUAUUAAUCCCAACGUCUCAAGGUAUUGCAACGCAAACGAUACUCACCAUUCCAGUUAGUCAUGUGACGAAUAAUCAAAUGGUUAAUUUGGCACUGAGUAAUGGACAAGUUGUAUCAACGACAUUAGCUAAUCUACAGUCAAUUGCACAACCUCAAACUAUGAUGAAUACAUCGACCAAUGUGCCAACGAGUCAGAAUUUGGCCACGGGUUUGGGUCUGAAUCCCGCGGCACUCACACACCUAUUGAAUAACAGUUCUGCAAGUCAGCAGCUACUGAAUGCUAUGCAACCACAACAGCUUCUUCAAGCCGCACAGGCAGCCCAGGCGCAAGCUGCCCAAGCGGUCCAAGCAGCUCAGGCAUCGCAACAGCCACUUCUCACCACCUCACCGCAACAGCAACAGCAUAGCCAUCGACAUACCUCCCACCUCAACCACUACCAGUCUUCGGAGAAACACCUGAGGGAACGACCAGAUGCUUCAUCACCUCUGAAUGGACCUGCUGUUUCGGCAGCGUCUGCUCUCAAUAGACUGGCCGCCAGUAAUGGAGAGAUUACGAUUACUACGACGCACGGGCCUGGGAGUACAGGCGUCAAGGCAUCACCGGGCAGUAUGCACAGUCCAAAGGACGAUGAUGAUGACCUGCUCAGUGAUUCUCCAAAUCAACCGACAAUCAACGAAGCUACGAAUAAUGUUGUAGAUGGUAUCAACCUCGAUGAGAUAAAGGAAUUUGCAAAGGCCUUCAAAAUUCGUCGAUUAUCCCUCGGUCUGACGCAAACCCAAGUAGGCCAGUCACUCAGCAUCACCGAAGGUCCAGCGUACAGUCAAAGUGCUAUAUGCAGUGCCCUGGCUACCCAGAUGUACGCCUCGCAGAUUGCCUCUCAGCAGCAAGCUAUGUUUGAAAAAUUGGAUAUCACACCCAAGAGCGCGCAGAAAAUUAAACCAGUACUUGCGAAGUGGAUGCAAGACGCUGAAGAGAGGGUGUUUGAUUACAGGUACAAAGCUGGGACCAAUAACCUGACGGACUUCAUAGGGGUUGAGCCGAGUAAAAAGCGGAAACGACGCACGUCCUUCACACCCCAGGCUCUGGAGCUUCUAAAUUCACAUUUUGAUAAAAAUACGCAUCCUACGGGUAAUGAAAUAACGAACUUAGCAUCACAGCUCGGUUACGAGAGAGAAGUCAUAAGGAUUUGGUUCUGCAAUAAACGACAGGCCCUGAAGAACACAGUUCGAUUGAUGUCGAAAACAGCGGGCUGAAUUCAUUCCCAAAGCCAAACUGACAAACAAACAUAAACGCCUCACCUAGACUGGAAUUAUUUUUAAUAGAAUCGUCAAGUUGUCGAUCAACAGAGCUGACGAACAAAUGAAUUAAUUAAUAUGGAGGAAGAUUCCUCACGGUAAGAAUAUGAACAACAUCCCGAGCAAUAAUUGAUCGUUUCUCUGCGAAUCGAGGCUGUGACACAAAAAAAAAUAACAGAUUUAAUAUGUCCAAACGAUUCCAUCACUUCUUUACAUUCUUAAAUUGCCUGAUGAAAAAAAAACCCCUAGAGAACCACAGAAAAAAAAUGUAAUAAUAAAAUUUUACGAGAAUUGUGAUUGUAACGUAUACGGCGUGUAUUAUGUGUAAAUAAUGAUUGUUUACUGUCUUAAAGACUUGUGAUUCAUAUGAUAGACAUAGUAAACAGAAGAAUAAUAAUGCGAGGGACAGCGGACGAUAAUCGUUGAUGUUUACUCGAAAUGUGUAUUGGCAUUUGUGAAUAGAAAUUAUUAAAAUUGAUAUCAAUUGA